AUGGAAGUGAAAUCUCCCGAAGUGUCCGAUAAUUCUCACCAAAAGCUACGCGAUCUUAGAGCACAACUAAGUUUUCUGCCUAGAACUGAUGGUUCCUGUGCUCUUGAACAAGGUACCACUGUAAUAUGGUGCGGAAUCAAUGGUCCUGGUAACGCUUCUUCUUCGAAACGACUCAGCGAACAACUUGUUAUUGAUAUUCUUUACAAGCAUCCCCACGGACAAAAAGAUUCUACCAAGAUCAAUCGGUUAUUAGGUGCUGCAUUGAAACACACCAUUGACCAUGUUCACUAUCCUCGUGUUGUUCUCAGUGUUACUCUACAGUUAUUGCAGAAAGGUGGCAGUGAGGCAGCUGCAGCUCUAAAUGCCGCUUGUUUGGCAGCUCUCGACUUAGGCAUCAUUAUGAAUGGAAUGUUUUGUGGAGUUACUGUGGCAGUUUCUCAAGGAAAGCUCAUUCUGGACCCAGAAUAUACACAGUGCUCUUCUGCUGAUACAUUCUAUACAUUUGCAUUUUAUUCGAGUGGAAAAGAAUCGACGGAAAUGGUGGCUUGCGAUACAGAUGGAACAUUCGAAUACAAUACAUUUGAAGCUGCAAGAACAUUAGCUAAACAAGCGUCUGCUGAUAUUUUCAUAUUUUAUCGAGAGAUUUUGCAAAGGAAACUUAGCGUUGAUAUUUGGAAAGUAACAUUUUCGAGCGGGGAACCGAAUGAUGAGAUGGGGAGUAGUGCAGAACGAGCCGUGAAUCGUAAGGCCGAUCUAAAAGUGAAGAGAGUUGUAUCGCGAAGUAUGGAAUCAAAUGAAGAAGCUGUUAGUGAUUGGAAUCAAUCGAAAAAGGAUAAACUUCGUAGGCAUAAAUCAGAGCAAAAUCUCGUCAGUAAUAAAGAACAUAAGUAUUUGGAUGGAAAGUUGAACAAGAAAUAUAUGCUAAAUAGUAGUAAACAACUACAAAUUCGAACGAAGACAAAACGAAACCGAGCAGAUCCGGAAGAUGAUACACUAUAUGAAGUACCUCUUAAAAUGCCAGAAUUCGAUUUGAUGACACCUCGACCAGAAGAUAGUGUCGCGUGA